UGAGACUCCUCCCAGAAAAAAAAGAGUCCUCACGUCUGUAAAACUUUUAAAGGUCCGUUAUCUGAGCACGAGGCGCUAACAGACCGAUAAUUAAGCCCGUGGAAACGCCUCGUUGUGGUUCCGUUCCACUGCCCGGUCCCGGUAACCGGUUUCGCUCGGGAGGACAGGAGAGAUGAUGCGGGGAGGUGGUGGACGGAGUCACCGGAAAUUCACCUCAAACUUACCGUGAACGCGGAUUUAACAUUAACGGACAAAACGGAGGGUUUGUUUUUCCUCACGGAGUCACUUUGGGCAGAUUUAACGGAGAUUUAUUCGUUUUAUUUGACGGAUUUUCAAAAGAGGACCACCGGAAGCUCGUGACCAAACAUGUUGCAGUGGCUGAGUGAUAUUUUCUGGCAGGAGCAUCUCUGGUUUCCAGAAGGUUUAGGGUGGGCGGAUCUUGAAGACAGAGAUGGGCGCGUCUAUGCAAAAGCACGGGACCUGUGGGUGGCACUGCCCAUCGCGUUUGUGUUCCUCAUACUUCGUCAGGUCUUCGAAAGGACGGUUGCGAUGUAUAUGGCCUCAUUGCUGGGAAUAAAAACAACCAUCCGAAGAAAUGCAGCUCACAAUCCAACACUGGAGUCAUACUACUGUCAGUCCAGUAAAUACCCAACACAGAAGUGUGUAGCGGAGCUGUGCAGGCAAAGCGGCAAUUCAGAGAAGCAGCUGCAACGUUGGUUCAGACGGAGAAGAAACCAGGACAGACCCAUCCUGAUAAAGAAGUUCAGAGAGGCCAGUUGGAGGUUUGUGAUUUAUCUCUUUGCCUUUGUUGCUGGCCUUGCUGCUCUCAUCGACAAACCAUGGCUGUAUGAUUUGGAGGAGAUGUGGAAGGGUUUCCCAACUCUGACUGUCUUACCCUCGCAGUAUUGGUAUUACAUGCUGGAGUUGGGAUUUUACUCCUCUCUCCUCUUCAGCGUGGCUUCAGAUGUCAAACGCAAAGAUUUUAAAGAGCAGAUCAUCCACCAUGUUGCCACAAUCACACUGAUCAGUUUCUCUUGGUGUAUGAACUACAUCCGUGCAGGAACACUCGUCAUGUUUCUGCACGAUUCCUCUGACUACCUACUGGAGUCAGCGAAGAUGUUUAACUAUGCAGGAUGGAGGAAGACGUGUAACUGCUUCUUCAUAGUGUUUGCUGUGUUCUUCAUCAUCACCCGACUUGUUAUCUUCCCAUUCCGGAUCCUGUACUGUACGUGGGUGUAUCCGCUGACGCUCUACCCUCCAUUCUUCGGCUACUACUUCUUUAACGGGCUCCUGCUGGUACUGCAGUGUUUACACGUGUUCUGGGCUGCACUCAUCAUCCGCAUGGCACUGCGAUUCCUGCCCCACAACGAGAUUGUGGAAGACGAGAGGAGCGACAGAGAGGAGACGGACGACUCGGAGGAGGAGGACGAAGAGAGGAACGGCGAGAUAAAGAAGAACGGCGCGUUAUGGAACGGCUACACUACACACAACAACAACCACCGCAAAACACACUGACUGAGAAACUGAGACAGGGACAGAGAGAUUCCGGUUACUCUCUCUCCUCGCUCUCUCUCUCUCUCACUCCCCCUCUCACACACACACACACACACACACGCACGUGCGCGCACCAUUGCUGCGUGAGGAUGCUUCUGUGCGACAAAUGCUACGAGCUCACUGCCGGAGCAGAGCCUCUCAAUGACUGAGGUCACAUGACCACGAUUUUGGCGCUUCCUCUUCUCACAUUCUGUAAAAGGAACAUUUCUCCUCGAUGGACAUACUGUCCAUAUUUUUCCAAAAAUUGUAUUUGUGUAAAAUAUUGGCUUUAUUUUAUGCUUCACUAGCGAAGUUGCUAGUUAGGUUCGUUUUUUUUUUAGAUCUGGAUGAGUGAUGAGAGUUCCCUGAGUUAGUGAAGCAAACCAGAAGAAACAUUUUCAAGUGCAUCACAUUUAAAUUAAAACCAGUGGACGGGACACUAAUUUUCAGCGAGUGAGGGGUCUAAUACCGACUUGCUGCACAACUGUCCAUAUAAUAUGAGAGCGAGAGAAACUAGCAUUGCUGAGAGUUUACUGGAUCAUGUGCCUUAUGUCCUCGUCUGUCUGUCUGUCAUCCCUCUGUUUUUCAUUUUUAAUACCAAACCUGUCUCACGAUCACAUCACAAUCUUCACAUGGAUGUACAUCUGUAAAUAUCUGUUUACAUAUGUGUUUUGCAGGUUGUACACCGUGUGUAGUGAAAGGGUACAGCAGAUUUUCUUCUGCCUAAACAGAACGUCCUGUCCGGCCCUGUCCCGAACCACAGCUGCAGCCAAGAGAGCUCAUGUGUUCGAAUGGAAAAGGACAAAACAUCAGCUGUGGCCCGAACUCCAUACCACCACGUAUUAACGUGUAAUCAUGAAGAUGGGCCUUGUUCAAAACCACAUACUAAUAUACCAAACGUGUAGUAUGCUCUGACUGACUAAAAAAAAAUUGAGCACGUUCCGAAUUGCAGCUCUUGCACCAAAACGUGAUUCGCUGUGUCCUAAACCACAAACAAACGAACCGGCGUCAAAACGAAUUGCAUACGACCAAAGAAAAUGUUGAAUUCUGUUUUUGUUUUUUGUUUUUUCCCCCCACCCUUCUUCACUUCCACUUCAUUCCUUGAUCACUGCCGCUCACACUCUGCCGCAUCCUCACUGCCUCCUGGCCAAAACUUAAUGACAGUAUUAUUUUUUAUUAUUCUGUUUAUUGAGCUGAAUGUUUAAUGAUGGAGAUAAUAAACCAAUGAAAGGUCA